AUGACUGUUGACGAUCAUGUUCGGUUUGAAUAUCUCGGCAAUACUCCAUCGUCGGAUGUACCGAGGUUCUUUCUAAUUUUCCUGUCAUUAGUGAUUCAUGCAAUAUUCUUUGCUGUGCUACCAAAUACAUUGACAGCGUUGAAAAAAAGUUAUAUUGUUUCGACAUUACACGCGGUGAUAUGCGUGAUUAGUGUGAUCAAUCGCAUUGAUGGUGGAGGAGUUUAUGGAACCGGUGAUGAGAUUAUGGCUUAUAGUAUCGCUUAUUCACUCGGAUAUUUUAUCUAUGAUUUCUUAUUAAUGUUAUACGAGGAAUCCGUGCGAACACCAUCUGCUCUAGUCCACCAUGUUAUUGUUUUAAUUGGACUCACUUCAGGCAUAACAAAUGGCAUUUGUCAUACAUGCCAUUUCUAUUUACUAGCAGAAGAAUUGUCUACAAUUCCAUUGAAUCUCAAAGCAAUCUACCAUGACCGUGCUCGUUUACAUGACUUCUUCGGAUAUUUAUUCAUCUUCACGUUCUUCCUGAGCCGGAUAAUUUACGGAUCGAUUGUUUGUGGAUAUGCUUUCCGAGGCGCACCUACAUUUCUUCGUGCAGCUAUGAACGCGGGUGAUUAUUCAAGUUUUGUCAUUGGAAUAUUACAAGCUGGUCUAUGCAUAUUGACACGAGUCUUGAACGUUUAUUGGUCAAUGUUAAUCUUACGCAAGGUUUGCUCGUCUUCGAAAUCAAAGAAGAUGAAAACGUCAUAG